AUGGACCUGAAACAUGCUUUUACUCAUAAGUUUGCUUUCUGUCUGCUGGUGUGUGAGUCCUCUGUGUGGCAACCGGACAAACUGAGGGUGUCGUGGAUCCGGAGAAGCCGACGUCACAGCACGAAGCUCCACAGCUGGCAGCCGGGGAUCACCAACCCCUACCGGGGCCUGGUGCUGUGGCAGGUUCCAGAGAGCCUGGACAUCACCGUCACGCUCUUCAAGGAGCCCACUGCCGAGGAGUUCGAGGACAAAGACUGGACCUUCGUCAUAGAGAAUGAGACCAAGGGGCGCAGGAAGGUGCUGGCGUCGGCCGACGUUAACAUGAAGAAGUUCGCCAGCGCCACGCCGGCCCAGUACGACGUCACGCUGAAGCUCAAGCCGCUGUCCGUCAAGGUGGUGGAGGCCACGCUGACCCUCAACCUGUCCUGCGUCUUCCUCAAAGAGGGCAAGGCCACAGACGAGGACAUGCAGAGUCUGGCCAGCCUGCUGAGCAUGAAGCAGAGCGACAUCGGGAACCUGAACGACUUCAUGGACAGCGACGAGGAGGGGGCCGAGGAGAGGAAGGCCAGCUGUGGACCGGCUGCUCAUGUUACUGCCUCCUCUCUCCUCAGAGUGCAGGACGUGGCCUGGAGGCCUGUCCUGAAGGCCGGCCCCACAGAGAUGGACGCCACCUCGGCCCCGCCUGACCCCCCAGACACCCCCGUUCCAUCCUCCUCGUGCACACGGCCGCCGAGCAUUACCCAGCAUGCUCGGCCCUCCCCCUACGCCUACACGUUGCCGGCCUUUACGCGCGCUCACCCUCCUGCGCUUCCCAAAAUCUUCCAGCCCGGUGCCGGCUCAGCUCCUCGAAGGCCUCACAGCCUCCACGGUGACUUCUCUCCAGCUGAGGGCCUAGAGGCUUUUGCGACCUUCACCCCUUUCAAAGCCUCCUCCUCCCUCUCCUCCUCCUCCCUCUCCUCCUCCUCCCCCUCCGAUCCAUCUCUCCACACUCCCUCUUUCUCUGAUAGCUCACAAACAGCCCGGAGAGCACAGGGCUUCCCUUCUUUUGCCCCUUCCUCCUCCUCCUCCUCCUCCUCCUCUUCAGCUCCUCCCAGCUCCAUCCCUCCUUUACCUCCACCGCCUGCUGCUUCCAGACAGCCCAAAGCUCGCCUCUCCUCCGCGGGGGGGGAGCUGAGCUCCGCCCUCACCAGGCCCAGCAGCCUGCCGUCUGCCCCCGAGACAGCUUCGUGGCAGAGUGAAUGGAGGCCUCCUAAAUGUCAGGCGCCUCUCUUGCAGCCCGCCUGCUCCCCUAAGUUUCUGCGCCUCUCGGCCAACGAGCCCGGAGCGGCAGCGCCGCACACAGAGACGCCAUCUUCAUCCUCUCUGAAGCAGACCCCCCCUGGAGGGUCUGGAUUCGUUCCUUCCUGGAGAGCCCAGGCCCCUCCAGUAGAGACCCUCUCACCUUCUCCUUUAAGUUCUUCUUCUGACCUGGUGCUCUUUGGGCCUCCUCCUCUUCCUCCUCGCACUCAGCCUCACGUAUCCCAAAUCGCCACAACCUUCCACAGUGACCAGGAUGCAGAAUUCAAGAGACAGCUGAGCACGCUGAGCGAAGAGGACCACCAGAGUACCACAAACCCUGACCCCAGAGCGCCGGCCGGCCGGAGGCCAGAGCGGGAAAGAGACGCUCGCUUUGGAACCGAGGUGGUGAAGGCAUCGGCAGCGCAAAGAGAUGAGUCACAAGUCACAACACCUCAGAAAAGACCUGCAGACGGGGCUCCAGAAGGCUUUUCGCUCACUCCCAGCCUAGUGACAUCUAGUCAGUCUCUACUGGACUGGUGUCAGGAAGCCACGAAGGAUCACAAGGGAGUGAGGAUCACCAACUUCAGCACCUCCUGGAGGAACGGCCUCGCCUUCUGUGCUAUUUUACAUCACUUCCAACCAGAAAAGAUUAAUUAUGAGAUGCUGGACCCGUAUGACAUCCAACACAAUAACAAGAAGGCCUUUGACGCCUUUGCCGAACUUGGCAUCUCCAGGCUGAUGGAGCCUACGGACAUGGUCAUGCUCGCGGUGCCGGACCGCCUCAUUGUCAUGACCUACCUCAACCAGAUCCGCACCCAUUUCACGGGCCAGGAGCUCAGUGUGCUCCACAUAGCGAGGGACAGCAGUGAGUCCAGCUAUGCGGUGGCAGGGGACCGGGAGAGCCCAGAGGACCCCGAGGCCACUGUUCGCUACUGUGCCCAGAGGCUGCAGGAGGAGGGUCUAAGUCUAGACCACAACAGGUCCGCAGGCACCGCGGAGUCAGCGGACAGUAAAACCGGAGACGUCGUACCACCGCCCAGAACCAAACGGCUGCAGGUCGCUGGGGCUCAGCUACCGGUGGCACCGCCAAGGACUCACUUCCUGUCUAAAACGGGUUUCUCUCACGUCAAAGACGCAGAUCUGGUCAAGAAGCACAGGUCACAGCGAAGGAUUGGGUCGUUAGAAGAAAGAGACACGGCGGUGGUUGUUGCCGGCCAAGAAGAGAGUGUGAUUACUCGAAGGAAGUCAAACACUGAGGGAACGGACGCUGACGUCAAGGAGGGAAGACCGGAGGGUCAAGACCCCAGCCAGUAUGCACUAAGUCAGAUAGAAGCGCUGGAAGCAGAACAAAGUCAUAUUGAUAACAGAGCAGGUGUGGUGGAGAGGAAACUCAGACAACUACUGGAAACAGGCAGUGACAAGGUGGAGGAGGAGAGGUUGAUUCAGGAAUGGUUCAUGCUGGUCAACAAGAAGAAUGCUUUAAUCAGGAGGCAGGACCACCUGCAGCUCCUGCUGGAGGAACAAGACUUGGAAAGGAAAUUUGAGCUGUUGAACAAAGAGCUGAGGGACAUGAUGGCGAUUGAAGAGGGGCAGAAGACUCAGGCCCAUAAACACAGAGAGCACCUGCUGCUCCAGGAGCUGGUGGCCCUGGUCAACCAGAGGGACGAGCUGGUCCACAACAUGGACGCCCAAGAGAGAGGAGCUCUGGAGGAGGACGAGCGUCUGGAGCGAGGCCUGGAGCAGCGCAGGAGGAAGUACGCCAAGCAGCAGAAGGAGAAGUGCGUCAUGCAGUGACGCAAGCCGGCUCGCCUACCUGACAGGAAGUGGGUGGGAAGACGAGUUUGUUCCUCUUUUCACCUGCAGCCAGACUGAAGGGGGGGGGGGGUCCUUCUGAACCAAUAGGAGGCGGAUGUUCUUCCAAGGGAGGAGAUACAUGGAGGGCCACAAACAGAACCAGGACUUUUUGUUUUGGGUUUGUUUUUCUCUCCUUUUUUGGCCGUUUUUGGCUCCAUUUUAUGACCGGAGAUCAAAGUUGGCUGUAAAAUGUCAUUUCUAACAAAUCAAUCGUCCAUCAACUAAACUGAGCAGAAGAGGCAGCAGAGAGAGAGAGAGACUUUGCAUUUGGACUGUUUGCUUUGCAGUAUCUUCAUUUGUGUGUGUGUGUGUUUGUGUGUGUGUGUUAUUACAGAUGGCAUUGAUGAAAGGUGUGUUGGUCCAUAUGUGAAACCAGGAAGUAGCUCCAGCAUGUUGGGAUGGGGCCUCGUAGCAGUUCAUUCAUGGUCAGCGUGAGUCGCUGCAGGGGGAGGAGUCUCAGUUUAGGGUUAAAACAGACUUGAGUUAGGCUUAGGGAUAACUUUUCUCCUCCUCGGCCGAGCUGCGACGACACAAUUUGCCCCCAAACCAUCCAGACUGAUGAACAGGUGACAGGAAACACCUAGUUUUCAUUACAGGGUGUCCUGUCCCUUUAAGGCUACGGAACAACCAAUCACGGUCCAGCCCCAGAGGAACGUCCUGCUCUUGUGUCGAGAUACGUUUGCUGUUCCAGAAGCUGUUUGGAGGAGCGGCCAGGUGCGUGAGAUGUUGAAACGAUGACAUCAUGAUGACAUCACCCUGUGUCAUGGGAGGAGCGCAGUAAGUCACUGAGGUUGAGGUUCAAAGGUCAUCUGAAUGUUCACAGGGAAACUUCCUCCACUGAAGUGGUUUCACUUCGAAGUCGUUCUGAAACGUUUCCUGUCAGAAGUGUUGAUGUUUUUAUUUGUGCUUUUUAUGUUACAUUUGCACUAUUUGUAAAGUUUGGAAAAUACAAAAAAAGAUUUGACCGCC